GUCUGUUUUGCUGGGGUUAAUCUCAGGGCCUGUCACACUGCCCUCAUGUGAUGCUAACAUGAGGGGUGAGAUUAUGCAUGGGCCCACUACUUCUCAGAUCUCAGGCUUCCCCCACCUCAAAUCAAGCCCAGUGGUUAUUUAGCUGCCCCUGGAGUUUGUUUAUGCUUAUUAACUUGUAAUUAAAGAAAGUUGAUCCGGCCUUGCUACAGGCAGCAGUGAAAGAGGAGCAGCAGCAGCCUACCUGGUCACUUCAGCCCACACCUCUAUAAUGUCCCCACGGCUCCACCUACACUGACCGCCUUCUCCCCGGCGUGCAGAAAGAGACGGCUAGCAUGCAGCAGAACUGUCGCAGCUUUUCCACGAAGUGGCGCUGCUGAGAAACGAUCAGUCGGAGCUGUGUCUGCCAGCGCCGCCAUGGAUGACUUCACUACAAGGACGUAUGGCACAAGCGGCCUGGACAACAGACCGCUGUUUGGAGAGACGUCUGCUCGGGAUCGAAUCAUCAACAUGGCGGUGGGGGGAUUUACGUCUGUGGUGGUUCUGGUGACUGUCAUCUGUUCCUUUGUGUUUCCCACGAUGCCUCCGCGGCCGCUGAACAUCUUCUUCGCCGUGUGCAUCCUGCUGACCUGCAGCUCCACGUUAGUGCUGAUAUUCUGGUACCGUCAGGGCGACCUGGAGCCCAAAUUCAGGAAUCUGAUCUACUUCAUGCUGGCGUCCAUCGUGCUGCUGUGUAUAUGUGCCAACCUCUACUUCCACGACGUCAGGUAAAGGCGGAGCCAAGGAAGGCAAGCGGGAACAAGGGAACACGUGGCCUUCAUGAGCAGGACCAGCGUGAAGGAGUCACAUGACCAAAAUAAUAACUGUUACACGAACUUGAACCUGCUGUGGAAUCAGCACCAGUGGGAACUGGGCACAGAGACUGGACUCAGUGUGGGAUGAUGAUGAUGAUGUACUGUAAGAGGCGACAAACUGCUGGAGCACAACACACAGUCGAGUGUGUUUACACGCACACAGACACACACAUUUGUUUGGGACCCUUCAUUUAAACGAAAAAUCCACAUCUGUUUCUCAGAGUCGCUUUAAAUGUGACGUCUUUUACAUUUAUCUUUCCUUCACUUUCACGUUUGAUCUGCAGUUCUUUAAAGAUAUGAGUUUUGAUCAUUAAACUCCAACAAAACACCAUCAAAGGUCCCGUUAACAGGACAGCAGGAGGCAGGAACGCAGGCUGGAUGUCAGAGAGCUCUUCUACUCACCAGCUUCGCUCUGAUUGGCUAAUUCUAUCCCGCCCCCCUCAUAUUUAAGGGACCACAAGUUAGAAAAUAAACAUGUUGCAUUAAAUGAGACCUGAAACUAGCAGCUGGGACGAUAAACACAUCGGCAAAGUUUACUGUGAUUCAUGAAACAGGGAAACAGGCAGUGUUUCCCUGAUUCAUGAAAUCUAUUAGGAAACGGAGGCAGCGCCCCCUACUGACUCUUAGGAGGAACUUUAAUUCCACAGACUAUAUAUAAAACAUGCAUGAGAGCUUCAGCACAUCUUCACUGGAGGGCAACAGAGUUACAGGCUGGAUAAAGAUGUUUAGAGUGUGAUGGAAUGCCGACAACACCAGAGAGGAAGUGUCUGAAAACAAAACCUGUAGUUCCUCUCGUGGCCACUAGAGGCUGGCUCCAGCAAUGAGUCGGUCUCCAUAGACUCCCUUGUUAAAACACAGAAAUAAACAUGUUUUUAUCCUGAUACAAACACUGUUCAAACCUUUAACAGCUGCAGCAGAGGUGAACCAUGGUGGUGCCCAACAAACCUGUGAUGUCAUGUGGCCAUGUCCAUCUUUUAUAUACAGACUGUGGACAUUAUGAAGGCAUAAACAUGUUUUAUCCUAAAUCUACUUCCGAAGUGGACUCUUCAGAACAAUUCAAACAUUCAAACAUAGAGAAGCUCUCAAAGGGAACAAAGGACCAUUAAUUAAUAUAAAAACCCAUAGUGGUGUAUUCAGGGGUCUUUCUGUUCUCAGCCCAAACUCAGAUGUAUUCCGCUGCUGUUACCUGCUCAGGUGGACUUUUCCUUUAACCUGGAUGCAGGCUGUGAGCAUGGAGGGAAGCAGCUGUUCAGUACUGUAGACGUUAGCAGGCGGCUGUAUCAGCAAAUCAGAAAUAUGCAAACCUGUGUUUUCUCCGUCUGUCGGGUUCUUCUGAUCACCAUGUAUGUAAUUACAGUCCAAAUGUAGCUGAGAGGAUUUUAAGUUGGAUUUAAAUGCUGAAUUACACCGACUGCCAAUUCUUUGCACUAAGCAUUUCUAAAUCACACACACUCACUCUCUCCCUUUCUCAGGCUAGCGCCAGUGGAAAUGAAUGAAAGCUUUGUAAAUGGCUUUACAAGUAAAGCUGUGUCACUGUUAUUAAUCUGGCUUUUUCAGCUCCA